AUGGACUCGCCCAGCAGCUUAUUUGUUACACCCGGUGUUUCAAAUCCAAUACCCAGUUGGCUCCGCAGUGACAGUUUGGAGCGGACUUCACAUCAUAUCACAUUUGACUUCGACGCUCUUAGCCAGAUGGUUAUUGAACUAUGUUCUGGAGCGGAUGCUAUCAUGGCGUGUCGGAAGAUCGAGGGGAAUUUUCUUAUAUUUACUAUGAACAAUGCCCAACAAAUCGUGGCGAGAAUUCCAUUUCAUUCAGAGGUCGCUACAAUUAGGUACCUGCAAACCAAGACAAGUCUCCCCAUACUAAUGAUUCUUGACUGGAGUGAUGAUGUGACAGGCUCUAGCAAUGCCGUUUGUUGCCAAUACAUCGUCACGGAACAUGCGCUAGGCGCCCAGCUGCAUAAGAAAUGGCCAGAAAUAGCUGGUGACCAGCGGGUCAGGUGUAUAGCUACAAUUUAUUGGAUGCUCAAAGGAAUAGCUGACCAACAAUUCCCUGCAUUUGGAAGUCUGUAUUUUACUAAUAGUCUGGUCAGCUCUGCCUCCAGAUGGCCUGUAGACAAGAAAUUCUGCGUUGGGCCGCAUUGUGAAACCCGCUAUUCGGACUGUAGUGUUGGAGAGCAGCGAUACUAUCAAAUAGUAAAACCCAACUUGGGCCUCGUAAGGGAUAAUUUCAGCGAAUACAGUGAUGGUCUGAUAGAUUGUCUCUCAAAGCUUCCUCCGGGCGACUCAGGCCUCGGAACCAGACCUAUGUAUCAUAGAUCUACACGAUCACAUAAGCGUCUUCUUGUAUACGCACGAGCUGUGCUAAAGGAAAUGGAUUAUUGGGGGCAAGCAGCUUGUAUAGAGCCGGCGUUUUGGUACUCGGAUGAGGCAUUUGACAUCACUUCUCAGUAUAAUACGCCUAUUCUAGCUAACCCUAGACUAAUGAACGAGAACCUCUUCCGGCUGUUUCGUUACAGCCAUAGAACUCGGAGAGAUGGCGAGGUAGCUCUGCGCUAUGAAAUGAUUGAUACAGCACGACACUGGAAAGAGCUCAGAUUUGCUGGUCGAUGCCCCUAUCCAUUACCGGCUCCAAAGGAACUGAUGAAACAUGAGAAAGAAUAUAAGUUGUUUGAAGUGGCACAAGAUCUGAACUAUGAAUUGGCGAACUUGCUCAAUGUAGCGUCUGAUGGGUGGAUGCUCUCAGAGGCUUGGGAAGAGACAGACUUGGCCCACAGGAGGGUAUUCACUGGGAUGGCGGAAGCUGCUUUGACGAAUCAAACCCCGGGUGACUGUGAGCCCGUUAGAGACAAAAAGACGCUCUGGUCAAUCUGGCCAUUUGAUAUACCGUCGAAGAAUUAG